GCCGCACUGACAGAUAGGUCUGCGGACUAUGGAGACCCGCGCCGGCCCACAUCCGCUGCGCCUGUUUGUCUGCCUGAUACCGCUCUACCUCGCGCUGCUUUUGGGACCAGGAAGGCCCGGGACAGCCGAGGAAGUCAUUCUUCUGGAUUCCAAAGCCUCCCAGGCUGAGCUAGGCUGGACUGCACUGCCAAGUAAUGGGUGGGAGGAGAUAAGCGGUUUGGACGAACACGACCGUCCCAUCCGCACAUACCAGGUGUGCAACGUGCUGGAGCCCAACCAGAACAACUGGUUGCAGACUGGCUGGAUCAGCCGCGGCCGCGGGCAGCGCAUAUUCGUGGAACUGCAGUUCACACUGCGUGACUGCAGCAGCAUCCCCGGCGCCGCGGGUACCUGCAAGGAGACUUUCAAUGUCUACUACCUGGAAACCGAGACCGACCUGGGCCGCGGGCGCCCUCGCCCAGGUGGCAGCCGGCCCCGCAAGAUAGACACGAUCGCAGCGGACGAGAGUUUCACUCAGGGCGACCUGGGCGAGCGCAAGAUGAAGCUGAACACAGAGGUGCGUGAGAUCGGUCCGCUAGGCAGGCGAGGUUUCCACCUGGCUUUUCAGGACGUGGGCGCAUGCGUGGCACUGGUCUCAGUGCGCGUCUACUACAAGCAGUGCCGCGCUACGGUGCGGCGCCUGGCGGCCUUCCCAGCCACCGCGGCAGAGAGCGCCUUCUCCACGCUGGUGGAGGUGACCGGGACGUGCGUGGCGCACUCAGAAGGGGAGCCUGGCAGUCCCCCGCGCAUGCACUGUGGCGCGGAUGGAGAAUGGUUGGUUCCCGUGGGCCGCUGCAGCUGCAGUGCCGGAUUCCAGGAACGUGGUGACAUCUGUGAAGCCUGUCCCCCAGGCUUUUACAAGGUGUCCUCGCGGCGGCCCCUCUGCUCGCCGUGCCCAGAGCACAGCCGGGCCCUGGAAAAUGCCUCCACGUUCUGCGUGUGCCAGGACAGCUAUGCUCGUUCGCCCACGGACCCGCCCUCGGCUUCCUGCACCCGGCCGCCGUCGGCGCCGCGGGACCUGCAGUACAGCCUGAGCCGGUCGCCGCUGGCCCUGCGGCUGCGCUGGCUGCCGCCGGCCGACUCGGGCGGCCGCUCGGACGUCACGUACUCACUGCUGUGCCUGCGCUGUGGCCGCGAGGGCCCGGCGGGCGCGUGCGAGCCGUGCGGGCCGCGCGUGGCCUUCGUGCCGCGCCAGGCAGGGCUGCGCGAGCGCGCCGCCACGCUGCUCCACCUGCGGCCCGGCGCGCGCUACACCGUGCGCGUGGCGGCGCUCAACGGCGUCUCGGGCCCCGCUGCCGCCGCGGGAGCCACCUAUGCGCAAGUCACCGUCUCCACCGGGCCCGGGGCGCCCUGGGAGGAGGAUGAGAUCCGCAGGGACCGAGUGGAACCCCAGAGUGUGUCCCUUUCGUGGCGGGAACCCAUCCCUGCUGGAGCACCAGAGGCCAACCGCACGGAGUAUGAGAUCCGAUACUAUGAGAAGGGUCAGAGCGAGCAGACCUAUUCCACGGUGAAGACAGGGGCGCCUGCAGUCACUGUCACCAACCUGAAGCCUGCUACACGCUACGUCUUUCAGAUCCGGGCCGCUUUCCCAGGGCCCUUCUGGGACACCCAGAACUUCCAUCCCAGCAUUGAAGUGCAGACCCUGGGGGAGGCUGCCUUGGGUUCCAGGGAUCAGAGCCCUGCAGUUGUUGUCACUGUGGUGACCAUCUCAGCCCUCCUCGUCCUGGGCUCCGUGAUGAGCGUGCUGGCCAUUUGGAAGAGGCCUUGCAGUUAUGGCAAAGGGGGCCGGGACGCCCACGAGGAGGAGGAGCUGUAUUUCCACUUCAAAGUCCCCACACGCCGCACGUUCGUGGACCCCCAGAGUUGUGGAGAUCCGAUGCAGGCUGUGCAUCUGUUUGCCAAGGAGCUGGAUGCAAAAAGCGUCACACUGGAGAAGAGCCUUGGAGCAGGGCGAUUUGGGGAGCUGUGCUGUGGUUGCCUGCAGCUCCCUGGCCGCCAGGAGCUCCCCGUGGCCAUACACACACUGAGGGAUGGCUGCUCUGACUCACAGAAGCUCAGCUUCCUGGCAGAAGCCCUCACCCUGGGCCAGUUUGACCACAGCCAUGUGGUGCGGCUGGAGGGUGUCGUCACCCGAGGAAGCACCUUGAUGAUUGUCACCGAGUAUAUGAGCCAUGGUGCCCUGGAUGGCUUCCUCAGGUGGCACGAAGGCCAGCUGGUGGCUGGGCAGCUGAUGGGGCUGCUGCCCGGGCUGGCAUCGGCCAUGAAGUAUCUGUCAGAGAUGGGCUACGUUCACCGGGGCCUGGCGGCCCGCCGUGUACUGGUCAGCAGUGGCCUCGUCUGUAAGAUCUCUGGCUUUGGGCGGGGGCCCCGGGACCGGGCAGAGGCUGUCUACCACACCAUGAGUGGCCGCAGCCCAGCGCUGUGGGCUGCCCCCGAGACACUUCAGUUUGGCCACUUCAGCUCUGCCAGUGACGUGUGGAGCUUUGGGGUCCUCAUGUGGGAGGUGAUGGCCUUUGGGGAGCGGCCCUACUGGGACAUGUCUGGCCAAGACGUGAUCAAGGCAGUGGAGGAUGGCUUCCGGCUGCCGCCCCCCAGAAACUGCCCCUCCCCACUGCACCGACUCAUGCUUGACUGCUGGCAGAAGGACCCAGGUGAGCGGCCCAGGUUCUCCCAGAUCCACAGCAUCCUGAGCAAGAUGGUGCAGGACCCAGAACCCCCAAAGUGCGCCACGACCACCUCUCCCAGGCCCCCGACCCCCCUGGCGGACCGUGCCUUCUCUACCUUCCCCUCCUUUGGCUCUGUGGGUGCGUGGCUGGACGCCCUGGACCUGGGCCGGUACAAGGACAGCUUUGCCGCCGCUGGCUAUGGAAGCCUGGAGGCCGUGGCUGCCAUGGCUGCCCAGGAGCUGAUGGGCCUGGGCAUCUCGUCAGCAGAACACCAGGAGGCCCUUCUCAGUGGAAUCAGCGCCCUGCGGGCACGAGUACUCCAGCUGCAGGGCCAGGGCGUGCAGGUGUGAGCGGCCGUUCAUCCAGGCCAGGAUCCCCGGGGGAGGCCAGACCCCGGCCCUGACGCGGACCUUGGCGAGCUGCACUUCACCUGUGCGACCGUGCACACUCUCCUUCUCCACGUGGGCCCAGAGUUUGCUUAGGGCCACAGUUUCCCCCCCAUCUCACUGCCUACUCCUUCCAUUCUCCCCAGUCUAAACCCCUUGGCUGACUCAGUCUACCUGGAAGAAGAUUCAGAUCCUGGGGGGGCCCCCUGAGAUCACAGCGGGAGGAAACUCAGGGCCUCAGAGACCAAGGUGGGCAGGAGCGGGAACGGAUGAUAAUAGCUUUAAAUCGCCUGGUUCGUGCCCUUCUGUCUUCCACACCCACUGGAGUCUGGGGCCACACUCUCCCACAGACCCUGUGGCCAGUUGGCAGCACAGGUCGCUGCAGGGCUAAGAUGAGCCCUGCAGUGACCACAGCCUCCCAGCAGCCCCUCGUUAUGGGCCCUGGAGAAGCAGGGUGCUCAUGUCCCUGUUCUUGGGCUCGGCGCUGUCAGGACAGUGAUUCUGAGGCCCCGGGCAGCAGGGUAGUGCUGAGCUCAGGGGCUGGACCCUGAGGGCCCUGAACUCAGGAGCUGAUUUCUGCCUCCCCUGCCCUUGGGCUGACAGUCCAGGGGGAGGAGGAGUGUCCUGGGGAGGCCGUUCAAGGUCCUGGUGCUCCCCUGAGGUCCAACCAGGCCUCCCUUGGCAUUUCUUUUAUAAAUCCACUGGCCGGGACAUCUGGGAAGAGUGUGAGGUGAGCUGUUUUCUCCCCGGGGACCCCAAGAACUUUCCACUCCGGCCUUGGGGGAUGGUGAAGAAGAGACCUUCCGAGAGGGAACGCUCUGACAGGCUGGCCCAACCCUCACUGUGCAGAGAGGGAAAAUCAAGGCCAGUGAGGAUUCAGGGUCAGAGCUGGGGUCAGAACCUGUGUGCCGACUUGGCUCUGGAGAGUGAGUCCCUGGGCCUACCCUGUGCUACCAGCCCUCUUCCCUGAGGCAGCCCCGGGGUCCUCUGAGGUGACCCCUCUUGCACGCCCCACCCCCUGGGCCCCACCCAGCCUCCCCUGUUGCUCCUUCUCCCUUUGGUUUCUGUGGGGCGCCAGCAGACAAGGUUGUGCUGAGCUGACUCCACGUUCCUUAUCCAGGAGGGCUGUCCCGCGCUGCGGGUGAUGUGAGGCGGGGCUCUCACAGGGCGGCAGGAGGGUGGCUGGGUCUGGAGAGGACCACGGGGCUGAGUUUGUGCAGGCCACCCCUGGCGUAUGCCCACUCGGGGUGGCUGUGUGUGGGUGGGGUGGGCGGGGAGGAGACCAGGGCAGUGGAAAGUGGUGCGUGAGGUGUAGAACCGGCCCUUGGAAGGCUCAGACUAGGUGCGGAGGUGAGCUCAGGAGCUGCCAAGUCCUACCAGGUGCCUUCCGGAGGCCCCAGGCCCCAGGGAGACCUCGGGGUCUGUGGGCAGGUCAGGGACAGGCAGGUGGACACUCUUCAUUUGCGUAUGUGCAGGGGUGUCUGGAGAGGCUUCCUGGAUUGAGAGGCUUAGGUGGAAAUUGCACAGGGCCUUGAAGGGGGUGGGGGUGUCCUUCCUUAGGGUGGGUUGAAUUUUCCACAGGCAAGAUGGAGGGCCUAGAACAGGAGGAGUUCAGGCAGAGAGGCUGGCAUGAGGAGGACCCUGCAGUCUGGGUGGCGCAGUGCCCCUCUGGGGCACCUGUGGUGGGGUAUCCCCACAGCGGUGCCUUUGGCCUGGCCCUGCGAGCGGUGGCUCUUCUGUCCUUGGAGCACCCCCUCCCCCGCUCUCCCAUCUCCUGAGACCUGCCCCCACUCAGUGGCUUUGGGGGUCCUAGGAGGACUGAGACAUUGCUUCCACCUUUGACAGGGCUGGGGGGUCCCAUGCCAGGUGCCCUCUAGGCUCUGCCCUCUGCCCCCAGAAAGCCCAGAGAGGACAUGGGGUGGGGACCGCUGUCCCAUGUUGGGUGGAGGGAGCCUCAUUCCCAUCUCCGGCUAUAUCAAUCAUUCUCUAAAGGUCAAAGUCCCCUCCCCUCCCCCAGCUGUUCUGCAGAGGGUCCCCCUGGCUGUAUUGCUAGGACUUCGGUGUCCAGGGUAGAUCUUCCCUCCCCUGAGGAGUGAGGUCCCAGAAUCCUGAGGGGUCCCAGGCCACAGCCCUGCACAGGUGCCAGCAUAAUGCAGGCUGAUGGUUCUCUGUGAGCCCUCUACAGAUCUAUUUUUAUAUGGAACUUGUUCACUGGACAGAGAGGUGGUCUGCAACCCUCUAGCACCCAUCUGAGCCCACCCAGAAGGGAAGGGGCCAGUCAGGGAGGUGGUUCCUUUGACUAAUCCUGGAGAUGUUUUUAUAUUUCUUGGGUUCUAUAUGCAAGACAAAAUAAUAAAAACUUGUCUGUGA